GGCUCUACGAGGAGGGUGAGGACACCACCAAGUCGGUCUACGUGGCCAAGAUGGACGAGAUCCGCUUCGUCGCCGGUCCCAUCAUCCAGCGCUACCGCGAGAAGCAGGAGGCCGAGCGCCAGGCCGAGGAGGAGGCCAAGAAGGCCGAAGAGGAGGCUAAGAAGGCCGAGGAGAAGCCCGACGCUGAGAUGAAGGACGCUCCGGCCGAGGGUGAGAAGCCCGCUGAGCAGUAAAUUUGCUCGAUUGGUAGAUAACGGUGAGCCCAGCUGUGGGAUCGCAGCUUGAUGACAAUGUGGUCACGAACAAUGCAAUCAUGUUGAACCCCUUCAGUUGUUUAUUACGGAUUUCUUUUAUUAUUCUUUUUUUUUCUCCCAUUCCCCAUUACUUUAUUCUGGCCGAGUGCCGGCACUGUGAUGUAGAACGACAUGAUUUCCCCUUUCAGUACUUGCUUUUCCUCUCCGCGUUUGUUUGUGGUCGACCUGGAGAUGCUGGCCUGGUCAAACGGCGGGGUAAAACUGGUAGGGGCACAAAAACUACUAGAGAUGCGCCCAUGGCGAUGUGGAUAGACCUGCUUGAAAAGUAUAUGAUUGGUAAUACAGAAUAUAGUAUCCUUGCACCUGCAGAUUGGUUGAUUUUUUUCACAUGGUGCUUCUUAGUGUUACACAUGAGCCGAGUAGAGUAAAAGCUGCCAUCGAUAAUUGGAGUGACAGCGUACUUGCCACCUUUCAAUGAAG